CUUUCAUUCAUCUCUUUUUAGCUUUGCAUGCUCUUUAUUCUUAUACAAUAGCUUUAAGCAAUAGCCUCGAACGUGAGGCAGCACAGUGGAUAGGAUGAUGCGGAAAUAUGCCACUGUAGCGGCAAGAAACCCCUCGCUCCUUCAACAGAGAGGCAAAAGCCCCCUUGGGCUUGACCAUUUCCUUCAACGACAACGUGCACUUGCGUUGUGGAGGGACAUUAUGAGAAGCACAGCUGGUAUCUCAGAUGCAGCAACCAAGAGAGACAUGCAGCAGUUUGCUAGAGCUGAAUUUGAGCGGCAUAGAAAUGUCACUGAUCUUAGUCAUAUUCGCUAUCUAAUAUCGACUGGAAAGACGCAGUUCGACACCAUGAAGAACUCUCUGAUUAAUGCGGGAUUAUUGACCUGAAGCCUGUAUAAGCAUCUUUGAUCCCAGACUAUAACUCUAGACUUGCUUCUGUUCUUUUCUGUCUUAAGUGCACCAUGUGGAUAUUCGGUAUGCGACUCGCGUGUUCGGUCAGCGGGGGGCACGACUGACUCGCACACUUGAACUUCCUGGCUGG